AUGGCCGCUAUCCUACCAGAAAUGGCCCGCGCCACCUUAAGUGAAUGUCCCACUUGUCACCUACCAGUGUUAACCCCUCCCACAAUUGAGAAGGCUGGCGGCGAAACAACCCACAUCACAGUUGAACGAUACUAUGAAGGGAGAUUGCGCCGGGAAAAAAUUAUACAUACGGGUGCUCCACGCAACAAGCAGGGUCACGGCGAAACAACAAAUAGCAAAUCCACAACUAAUACUCCUGAGACGCCCGAUUCGUCCAAGCAAUAG